AUGGACGCUCUUACCGAGAAUCGGCACACCGAUAGACACACGGAAGGGCGGACAUGGCUCACUGGACUAACAGAAUGACACGUGCUGUCAUAAAAUAGUCAACAGACACAUGUUUUAGAAUGGCGAGCAUAUUAAACAGGGUGUCCGAGGGAUGCCUGGACGAGCUUCCGUCCAUGGAAUCCUCCAUCGUCCGUGUUUUCUCGAGCUCCACGUUCACCGAUAUGACGGAGGAGAGGAAUUAUCUGAUGAAGAAGUCCAUUCCUAAAAUUCGAGAUUAUUGUUUCAUGAAAGGGCUGACAUUUCAGCUUGUGGACAUGCGGUGGGGAGUUCGUGAUGAGGCUUCGAUUGACCACACAACAAAUGAAUUAGUCCUAGAUGAGGCGGAAAAGUCUAAAAGGAUAUCGCGUGGACCCUACAUGCUGGCGUUUCUUGGUGACAAGUACGGGAGUCGUCCAAUGCCGAGCAAAAUAGAUGUUGGGGAAUACAAGUUGAUCCGGCGGACUGCAAUGAAGCUUGGGUAUGACGUCUCUCUGAUGGACCAGUGGUUCAAGCGCGAUGACAACGCUGAACCAGCGAUAUUUUAUCUCUUACCAAUCACCAAACUUCUACCCAACUAUGACAAUGACGUUGAAGGGUUUGAACAGCAACGCCAAAGUGACAGAGAGAAGUGGUCAAGUAUAGACGCCAGGCUGACCAAAAUGUUGCGGGGCGCUGCCAGCCAGGCGUAUGACGAAGGCCUCAUCGACAAGGAAACACGCCAAAAAUACUUUCACUCAGUAACGGAGGUGGAGAUACAGUCUGGCAUACUCAAACCAGAAUCGGUCAAGGACAAGGUCAUCUGUUACUGUCGCACCUUUUUGGACAUCAACAUUGAGGACAAACUUGCAUUCUCUUUCGACGCAGACUUCUGUUUUCUAUUCAUCUUUCAGGCGUUUCUUGGUGACAAGUACGGGAGUCGUCCAAUGCCGAGCAAAAUAGAUGCUGGGGAAUACAAGUUGAUUCGGCGGACUGCAAUGAAGCUUGGGUAUGACGUCUCUCUGAUGGACCAGUGGUUCAAGCGCGAUGACAACGCUGAACCAGCAAUAUUUUAUCUCUUACCAAUCACCAAACUUCUACCCAACUAUGACAGUGACCUUGAAGGGUUUGAACAGCAACGCCAAAGUGACAGAGAGAAGUGGUCAAGUAUAGACGCCAGGCUGACCAAAAUGUUGCGGGGCGCUGCCAGCCAGGCAUAUGACGAAGGCCUCAUCGACAAGGAAACACGCCAAAAAUACUUUCACUCAGUAACGGAGGUGGAGAUACAGUCUGGCAUACUCGAACCAGAAUCGGUCAAGGACAAGGUCAUCUGUUACUGUCGCACCUUUUUGGACAUCAACAUUGAGGACAAACUUGCAUGGAGGUUUACGGACCUGAUAGAUGGCUCUGUAGAUGAUGAGGCUAUGGAGUUGAGGGAGAGGCUCAAGUACACUCAAGUCACUCCAAAGCUUGGUCCGGAAGAAAUGAAGAAGUACAGUUUAUACUGGACCCCCGCAGGAGUGGACACCAGCAACACAGAUCACAUGAACUACCUCAACGACAUGUGUGAAGAUUUUGAGAACAAGAUGACAAGGAUGAUAGAAAAAUCACUGGAAAAAAAAGACAGCAAACAUUUUGGUAUCAAUGAAAAAAUGUAUAUAGAGAUUCUACAGCAUCUACAUUUCGCCAAUCAUAAAAGUCGAGUGUUCUGUGGACGAGCUGAUCUGCUGGAAACAGUGCGACAGAAAAUGAUGGCAACUCACACCGAUACAGAUAUUAAAGGUCAAAGUGAAGAGAAUGGGAAAAAGGACACAGAUGAAAUGGAUACAUCUUCUGUUGUAUCUUUAUAUCAGUCAUUGGAUGGACAAGUUUCCAAGAAAGAUUUGGAUGAACUCAAACAGAUUCAAGCAGAAUAUCAAGGAACAAAAGAAAGAUUGAAGCAGCUGGGUAUAAUAUACAAUCACGCUGACCUUGACCUCGAUCACGAAAAUGACCCUAGCCGAAACCCAAAAACUGAAAUGAUCCGCUUACCAGCGAUGAAAACCUAUUGUCGGCCAGUCACUAUUUAUGGCAGUUCAGGGUCAGGAAAAACAUCCGUGAUGGCAAAGAUAGCUGAACUUAGUAAAACAUGGUUUCCGAAUUCUGUUCAGAUUGUGCGCUUUUUGGGAACUUCAGCCAAUUCGUCUUCUAUCCGUGAUGUACUUCUGGGCAUCUGUCUACAGAUCUGGGUGUUGUACAAAGUGAAGCCCCCUCUGAACCUUGACCUGGAGAGUGAUUUCCACUUUCUCACUCAGUAUAUGUUAGCUCUGCUGUGGAGGAUUAAGACCAAGGACCGACCACUGGUCAUCCUUCUAGACUCGGUUGACCAGCUGCAGCUGACUGACCAUGCAAGUACCAUGCGUUGGCUGCCUCUCAAGGUGCCACCUGGUGUUCACAUUGUCGUGUCAGCCAUACCUCAACACAACAAUUGUUUGGAAAACCUCCGCUCUCUACUACCUUCACAUGACAGCAUGGUCCACGUUCCUUCUUUGUCGCAAGAAACUUCAGAAAACAUUAUAAAAAAUGUUCUGAAAGAAAAAAGUCGACGACUUACAAAGCUUCAGUGGCGCCAUCUGCUGGACAAGACUGCGAAGGUAGGCCAGCCACUUUACGUGAAGCUGUUGGCUGACCGGGCUGUAACGUGGAAAUCUUCUACUGCCAUGUCCAAAACAGCUGUUGGAAACAGCAUCAAGGAAGCCAUUGUUCGUCUCUUUGAAUCCAUAGAAAAAGAACACGGAGAAAUCAUUAUAACUCAUUUAUAUGGUUACCUGAGUGCUGCACGUGAUGGCUUAUCACUGUCGGAGCUUGAAGACAUUCUCUCCCUCGACGAUGAAGUUCUGCAAGACACAUUUUUGUACCAUCUACCUCCAGACCCAGAAAACAUCCGCUUCCCGUCGGCUGUCCUCACGCGGGCACUCUUCAGUGUACUAGACUACCUUGUUGAACGCAGGUCUGGUGUGACUUCUGUACUCUCCUGGUACCAUCGUCAGUUCACAGAGAUGGCAACAGAACGGUAUCUCUCGAAGGAUCGUGCUGUGAAGAUACAUGUAUUACUGGCAGACUAUUUCCAGGGAGUCUGGUAUAAGAAGCGAAAAGCUCUGAAGUUAUACAAAAAGAAGACGGCGUCGUACCCUAACGCCGUCCGCUCAGUACCGGAACAGCCCACCCUAUACUGCCACAACAUGUACAACACACGCAAACUCAUCGAACUGCCCUACCACCUUAUCAAAUGCCAGCGCUAUCAGGUGUUCCGUGACAUCAUAGCUUGCAAUUUCAACUUCCUAUAUGCCAAAUGUAAAACACUUGGUGUUGCUGAGGUAAUUGAGGAUCUCCGUCUGUGUUUGGUUGCCAUGGAUACAGAGGGUUUCCUGGAUGAGGAGAUUUAUAAUGACAUCAAAUUUGUUCAAGAAGUUUUACUGAUGGGUGUCAACAUCAUCCGGCAGGACACUAACAACCUUCCAAUACAGCUGAUGGCCAGACUUGGUGGAACAGUUAAGACAAAGUGGUUGCACAGUCUGGUAAAGGGGGCCCAGGAGUGGUGUGACACAACCUCUACCCCACUACUGGCACCCCGGUCCUUCUGUAUGCCCCCACCAGGGGGCGUUCUCUGGUUCACCAUCGACAUUGAGAUCUACCUGACGGGAAAUUCCAUGUCACGUGACUUGAGUCAUGUGAUGUACCUACAGGAGGAUGUCAAUCACUUGUUUGUCCUGACUCCGCCCACAUCAAGAUUUGACACCGCCUUAAUCCAUACGUUUGACCUAGCAGACAAUGGAAGCAGUGUGUUCAUGACCAAACUGACAAGGAAUUUCACGGCUGUCAAUUUCUUGGCCGGGAACAAAUACAUACAUGUAAAGAACCAGAAUGAAUACAACCAGGUAUUCCAGUCCAAGUCAGCCACCCUAAUGAAACUUCACCAUGAGGCACACUGCAUCACAGCCUCCAGCUCCGGCAAAUACCUUGUCUAUUCCAACAUGUCGAAAGUCUUUGUUUGUCUCACGGAUACUCGUGGUGGUGUGAACAAAAUCAAGCAUGUGUUGGACACAGAUCAACGAGAAAAGGAUGUCAUUAACUCAGAUCAAGACAAGGACAAUGAAGUUAGUGGAAAACGAUUUCGUUCUAAGAAAAAGAUGUAUGGUGAGGUGUUCAAUCUGAUUAUCUCCCCUGACGAGAAGUUUCUAGCCGUGUUAAAUGACAUAUAUGGUUACUACAAGGUGUGGAAUCUAGAAAAAGGCGAAUUUCUAUUUGAUGCAAAACAGCCAGAUACAGAAGAGAUGGAUAAGUUUAGUUCUUCAUUCUCAGACAUUGGAAGUGCAUCUAUAAUAACUAACGGUAAUGUCCUAAUCUACCGCAAAUACGGCUGCCAAGGCCAACUGUGCAUGCUUGACCUUGAAACAGGAAAAUUCCUGCACACCUUGGACAGUGGAUCAUCCUACCGUCUCACGCUUUUGUCACUUCACCCGACACAACGCUACCUAUCUGCUGCCCCCUGCGCCACUAUGUGCAUAAAGGGUGAGCACGGCAAGGCGUGGAAAAUCUGGGACAUCAGCAGUGGUGACAUGGUUACCAAGGCUACAAUACCAGAGUUGUUUAAAGACCCUUGGGGCAUGGACUGUCUGAAACUUUUCGGCUCAGAUAAGAUCUUUGCUGUGUCAUCACACCGCAGGACUAAUGGAGCGAUACAUAUAUCGUACUGCGGUAGUGUGGACGCUCCAAACUCAUCAGUGAUCCCAUUCUGCAGCCUAAAUAGCCACACCAUGGAUGUGGUACAGGUCUUAGUGAGCUCAGACAUGAAGACGCUGAUAUCUGCUUCCAAGGACAACUGUGUGAAAACCUGGGACCUCAACAAGGUCAUGGCCAAGUUUAACACGACAACAGAGGGUUGCUGUGACGACACGGAAAUAGCCUCUAAACUGAUACCAAUGUUUGAAGAGGAGCUUAAGCAGACUUUUACCACUGAUGCCUUAGGGGUCAGCAGUGAUGCUCGAGAGAUUUACCUGGCGCUGUCCAGUGGAGAAAUGGUAAUUAAAGACCUCAAGUCCAACCAGGUAAAGAGCCGGGUGACCAUGACAUCUGUACCCCUGUCCUUGUUGUUGGUUGGGUCAGCAGGUGACCUUGUGGUGGCUGCUUCGAAAAAGGGAAACAUUGAAGUAUGGGACAUGCAAACAAAGGUCAUCCACAAGUCUGUCAAGUGUAAACAUGACAUGUCAUGUAUGGCUGAGGCCAGCGACAUCCUUGUGGCUGGUCAAGCAGGAAUGGAGGCCAAGGGUAGUAUCUGGAAUAUCAGAACAGGUGAUCUGCUGAGGGAAUUGUCUCUACUCUACUCCUUCUACACAGUGGCUAUCAACACCAGCGGCACCAAGUUUGUGUCCAGUAUGUUUGACUUCCCAGUAGUGGUCAGUGUGAAAGAGAACACAGAAUGUGCAAUGAUGGACAUGUCACAAGUGGACACAGAUAUGUCUGCAGCCAAAUGUACCGCGAUCAGUCCAGACGAAUCCCUUGCCUUGUGUGGCUCAACCAAUGGAAGUAUCCGGGUCAUUGAGAUGACUGGUGCCUAUAAGUUCCGGCUGGGACAGAAGUCGACCGUCAUAACAGCGGUUUUCUCUCCGGACAGUCAAAGUAUUGUGUCCGGUGGCUACAAAUCUAUCUAUAUUUGGAACACGCUGGAAGGCACCUUAAAGUUCAAGGUCAGGAAGCACGACAACUUUGUUCUCAACAUCAAGUUUCACCAGAGAGGUACCCACUUCCUAACAACUUGCCAAGAUAAGAGGAUUGUGAUUUGGGAUUUUCGACGUGGCCUAUCGUUGACUACGUUCUAUACAGAUAGUCAGGUGGAUCUGGUAGAGUUUACACGACGGGGCUAUGUUGUUUUGGUUCCAGAGGGAGACUCUAGUGCUGCUACACUCAAACCAAACCCUGUCCUCAAACAGAUGCUCAAGGGCAAGUACAACCUGAACAUAGGGGCCACCAUAACCAAUGCGCAGGGCAUGGCUCUGGGCUUCUCCAGUCAGAAGAUACAGGCAAACAACGAAAGUGGUGCAUGCAAUAUUUUGUAAUUUGGGUGACAACAGAUGUGUGACUUGUCAAAACUUGAAGCCGUUGCCCGAGUGGCACUAGUUGUAUGGUGAAGCAUAUUAUGGUAGUUAUGACAACUAGAUUGGGAUAAGAUAAGAAACCAUAAUACCCGUUUCCCAAAUGAAUAUAUCAUAUCUUUAAAUCAUAACAACUGAAUAAUUACAGUAUUACAUAAGGUAACUAUGGCAACCGUGAUAGGAUACAGGCAGGGCUAGAAUUUAAAAAAAAAAGUUUUGUUUCAUUUGAUUCUUAUUAACCCCCAAUAAAUUCUAGAUGUUUUUUUCCUAAUUUAAAACUAGAAUGAUGUCAGUGUGACGUUAAAGCCGCUCACCACUUUAAAUUUAAUUGCUUCAGUAACACGUUGAGCAUCAAUAACUACUAUAAUACUAUUUUCAUUUAUUUUUUAUUCAUAUCAAUAAUAUAUGUAGUGACUUUAUUUCCUGUCAUGGAAUAUACAAUUCAUCACAAAAUCUCAUAAAUGUUCUUGGAAUAUAUUUGAAUUAUAUUUCGAAACGCGACUUUACCAACAUAAAAGAGUUAUUUCCCUUACACCGGAUUGCAUAAUAUUUUGACACAGCACGAAUUCUUGUCAAACAGCAGCGGCAGUUUAUGAUACAAUGUUCAGUAGCUAGAUAAAUAAUGACAUAAUCCAUUAAUUUUUUAUGAUACAAUGUUCAGUAGCUAGAUAAAUAAUGACAUAAUCCAUUAAUUUUUUAUGAUACAAUGUUCAGUAGCUAGAUAGAU